GGCGAUGGAGGCAGCUGAACUGCGUUUCCCUGGAGCGACACGUGCAUCCACACCCUCACCGUGAAGCCUGCCGGGAAACCGAGUCCUACUGAAUCUCUGUGAUUGGCUCCGAGGGCCAAACGAACUACGCGCCCCAAGAUGCAUCGCGCAGGGCCAGCGAUGUCCCGCUCCUGGUCCCAGUACUUUCUGGGAAAUGGAGUCCAAGUGUCAGCUAAACGUAACGGUCCUGUUAUCUUUGAGACUCCAUUCCCCAGCAAGCUCAGCGUGCAGCGUGCGCUAUGGAGCCGCGAGUCGCAGAGCUGAAGCAGAAGAUUGAGGACACACUGUGUCCUUUUGGCUUCGAGGUGUACCCCUUCCAGGUGGCAUGGUACAAUGAACUCCUGCCUCCAGCUUUCCACCUGCCCCUGCCAGGACCUACCCUGGCCUUCCUGGUACUCAGCACACCUGCCAUGUUUGACCAGGCCCUCAAGCCCUUCUUGCAGAGCAGCCACCUGCAACCGCUGACCGACCCUGUGGACCAGUGUGUGGCCUACCAUCUGAACCGUGUUAGAGAGAGCCUCCCAGAGAUGCAGAUUGAAGUCAUCGCCGAUUAUGAGGUACACCACAACAGGCGCCCAAAGAUUCUGGCCCAGACAGCAGCCCAUGUGGCAGGGGCUGCUUACUACUACCAACGACAAGAUGUGGAGGCUGACCCCUGGGGGACCCAGCGCAUAUCAGGAGUGUGCAUACACCCCCGAUUUGGAGGCUGGUUUGCCAUCCGAGGGGUAGUGCUACUGCCUGGGAUAGAGGUGCCAGAUUUGCCACCCAGAAAACCUCAUGACUGUGUGCCUACAAGAGCUGACCGUAUCGCCCUUCUUGAAGGUUUCAAUUUCCAUUGGCGUGACUGGACUUACCGGGAUGCUGUGACACCCCAGGAGCGCUACUCAGAAGAACAGAAGGCCUACUUUUCCACUCCGCCUUCUCAGCGAUUGGCCCUGUUGGGCUUGACCCAGCCUUCAGAGAACCCUAGCUCUCCAUCCCCUGACCUUCCCUUUACCACACUCAGCUCCAAGAAGCCUCAGAACCCCAGCAAAGCCCGGGGCUGGCUCAGCCCCAGUGUCUCACCACCAGCAUCCCCUGGCCCUUGAUACCUUCCUCCCCCAUGGGACCCCGAAUUAUGGUGGUACUUGCUAGGACUUAAUUGGCUUUGCCAAAGCAAGACAGGUUUU